AUGCCGUCAAUGUUCAUACUUGUGAAGGACAUCAAACCUCAACACCAGCUUAGGGCAGUUCGCGUUAGAGCAGUAAGGGUAUUCGAAGUUCCAAAGAAAAGGGGAGAGGGUCACAGCAGUAAGAAUAUGGAAGUGUUACUGCAUGAUGAAGAGGGAAGCUAUAUUCAUGCUACCAUUCAAAAAAAAGAUGUGGUGAAAUAUAGAGAAAUAUUCAAGGAGGGAAAACUGUUCGAAAUAAAAAAUUUCAUGGCUGCGACAAAUUAUUAUGUGUACAAGAUUACACAGCAUGCCUAUAUGAUCAAACUGAACUACAGAACAGAAGUGAAGGAGAUAAACUCUUUAGGGUUUCCUUUUAAAAUGUUUCGAUUAAAGAGUUUCAUUUCUUUAAAAGACACUGCAGAUGUGAACGACAAGGAACUUAUUGAUGUUAUUGGUCGUGUCAUUGGGAUCUAUAAUCCUGUGGAUAAGAUUAUAGGUGGAAAGGUAACCAAACUGAUUGAUUUUCAAAUUGAAGAUAAUGCUGAGAACACUCUGACAUGUACCCUAUGGAAUGAACACGUUGCUUCACUGAUGCCGUAUUACAAUAGUGAUUCAAAAGAACCACUUAUUGUAGUGAUUCAGUGCUGUCGUGCUAAGUUGGUUAGUGGUGAGGUUAGAAUCACCAGCUCAUAUGAUGCUACAAAGCUAUGGUUCAAUGAGGAUUUUGAGGAAUUCCUAGAGUUCAAGUCGAACAUGAAAUCUGAAAAUACUCACAUGAAAAGUUUGAGUACGGGCACUCUACACUCACAGUCAGCGGGCAUUAGUGACUUUAAAAUUGUUGGACUCAUUGUGACUACCUGCUACGACCUUAAGAAGACACAAGUGGAUGUGGAAUACUAUGUUGCUGCUGAGAUCUUGGGUUUAGAUCUUGAUGAUGGGUGGUACUAUGUAUCAUGCAUGUCAGCCGGUUGUAAUAAGAAACUUAAAGAAAACGGAGGAGUACUAAGUGUCAUAAGCCAUAUACUCAGGGUUCAUGUUGAAGUACCCCCUGAGUUGGAUGCUAUUGUGGGAAUGAAGAUGUUGUUUAAAGUAGGGUUAAAACUGGCUCUAAAGCGGGGUAAUAAUUCUCCUUUCAAUGUGUUGAGGCUGUUAAGGGACGAACAUUUUCUCCAGACCUAUAGUGACAGGUUUGUCGAGCACCAAGAGCAGGAUUUAAUAUCAAAGAUGCUUGAGGAGGAAACAAACAGUCCUGCAAAUUAUGAAGAAGCAUCUAUAGGAGUAGAGGUCAAUAGUCCUGCUUCUGUGCAGCCCUCUCAACAUGAACUGGAUGACACUACGGUCAACUCCUUAACUACUAAAAGGUUACUUUUGGAUGAGUUUUCCUCAUCCAAAAGUCGCAAGAAAGCAACACCAUCCAACAUCAAGAAGGAGAAGACUGCUUGA